AUGUCUCAGUCAAUGAAAUAUAGCGAGCCAUCUGGUGAGAUGCAUGAGAGAUUACUAGCUGAAAAGUCAGAAGACGCAUUGGAAGGCUCGUCAAGUCUAAUGGCGAGCCCGAGACGCCAACGGCGAUAUCAGCUCCUGACUUUUCUGCCAUGGGUUUUGUUAACUGCUUCAAUCUUGGUCGGAAGCUACACAUUCUCACAAAUGCAAAGAAAGCUUAAGGCUCAUAAUGAUCAACUUGUGUUCUCUCCCGCAGGCGAGGCUCUUCGCUAUCAGCGUUUUGUAUUUCCGGAUGCCUUUUCAACAAAGACAGAGUACAUGGGAGAGCCCGGCCCUCAGCUUGACGCAAAAUGGGAAGAGAUCUAUAACCUACCAACACGUAUUCCAAAAUGGCAAGCUGAAAAGUUAGAACAGCCAACGAUCGAGCUGCCUGAUGACCCUGGGAACUAUGUUAUUCUUCUGGACAUAUUCCACUCAAUGCACUGUCUCAAUGAGAUUCGCAAAACUCUCCACCCAGAGCACUACACUCCUUUCUACAUACGCGCGAACAUGUCACAAGAGGACGCUCAGAGUCAUUUAGAUCAUUGCGUCGAGCAUGUAAGGCUAGCGCUGUGGUGCAAUGCGGACAUCAGCCCCAUAUCCUUCCGAUGGAAAAAAGACGGCCACUCCGUAGGAAUGCACGGCUAUCAUCAUACCUGCCGCGAUUCUGAGGCAAUCCUUGAGUGGGCAAGAGAAAAUCGACUCCGCACACCGCUUCCCUGA